AUGGUGACAUCUGCCGCUACAUCUUCGUCCCGGAACAUCGACGCGUCCCCCGGAUCCGGUCGCCAACCCGACGCGACCUCCAAUGCAGCAGCGCCCGCGCGUACCACGCGGAUGCUGAUCGACGUGCUCGAGGUGGUCACGCAAGCAACGGCGUACGUUUUCCAGGUGAUUAUUUUCAAGCUAAUCGUGUCUCGCCCCGAGGAUGCGAAGGAAGGCACGGAGUGGCUCAAGGGCCUGCGGUUCCAUUUUGACGCGCCCCUGUUUCUCUCCGUAUUCAUCGCGAGUACCAGUUUUUGCGUGGUGUCCCUCUUCCUCUGCGUGAGCCCGACGAAGCCGUACGAAAAGCAGCUGGUCACCACGCAGUGGCGGUACUUCGGGGUGCCGAUCGGGCUGAUGGGGCUCUUUGUCUUCUUCAACGUGAUCAAUGCGUUCGCAGAAUUGUACGCUUUGAUGUACCUGCCGGCGAGUAUCAUGGAAUCGAUCCUGAUGACGGCGCCCGCGCUGUCCGUGAUCUUCACGCGCGUGCUGCAGCCCUCGAUCCGCUACAACAACUGGGCCUACUUCUCCAUCAUUCCGAUCGUCGCGGGCGGGAUUUUGUCCGCGCUCCCGGCCAAUUUCCGCGAGGACGUGCAGUCCACCGGAGGCCGCGAAAACUUCGGCCUGGGCUUGUUCUGGGCGAUCACAGCCACGAUUUUCCGUGUGGUCCGCGUGAUCGUGGUGGACAUGGUGUCCGGGCAGUUCGAGGAGCGCAUGAUCGAAGAGGAGCAGAACGAGCUCGCGCCGAGGAUCGAGCACCUGCCCAACCCGCAGGAAGAAACCGAAGACGAGCGCGCGGCCGUUCUCAACGCGCAGCGAGGCGGGGCGCAAAAUGAGCAGCAGCUGCCGGUUCCCGCGUUCGGACGCUUGGCGGACCUAGAGGUUGACCAAGAACAAGAGGAGAACCGCCCGCUGGUGGUGCCAGCGCGCGAGGGCGAACGAGAGGCGGGCGCGCAGCCUAUGCCGAACGUCGUGAACAUCCUGCGCAUCAUGGGUCCGGUGUCCGCGGUGGCGUACCUGGUCAUGUCCCUGUCCGUGGAGCGCAACUGGAACGGCGACCGGUCUUGGACGCCGGCCGUCCGCGUGGGCGAAAUUUUCGCGACGGGCGGGGCACUGCGCCUGUUCGAGUUGUCGAUGGCGGUGAUCUUCGGUGAAGGGUUACUGGCCACCAUGUGGGUGCUGUCCGAGUUUCGCCUCACGGAGCGGUGCGGUGCCUUUGCCGCGGCCAUCUUCGGCAACGUCAACCGGUCCGUGACCGCCGUCGGGGCGGUGCUGAUGCUGCGCGAGUCGUUCGCGUGGUGGCAGGGCGUGGGGAUUGGCGUGAUGGCGGUCGGGGUGCUGAUCCGCUUCCUGCUCGGGAACGCGACCAGCGUGCGCGCGGGGGAGCGACUGGACCAGAUGCCGCGCCACCUGCGGGAGGAAAUCGACGAGGACCAAGUGACAAAGAGGGUCAGUGCGAAAGUCGCGCUGCGCGACGUGGAAUCGCACAUGGCAGGCUUCCCCCUCGGUGAAAUCAGCACCAUUGACCGGCAAGUGACCGAAGAGCUGCAGCGCCAGGUCGUUGAGGUGCAGUCGCGGCAGGCGUCGCGCCAGGUGUCGCGCGAACAUUCGGCGAACGCUGUGAUCGGGGCCCAGGAGAAAACCUUGUUUCCGGCGGGGCUGCCGAAGGGCCGGCGGGAAACCGGGCGGACCACCGAGGCAAGCUCGAGUUCGCGCCGAGCGGGCAGCCGGUUCCGACGGGACUCCUCGUCGUCCGACGGGUUUUCCUCGGACGGUCGGUAAAAUCAGAAUUGGGGAGAAGCAGGAGUUUUUUGAUCAUCGCUUCGAGUUGUACUAUGAAUUAGUCUCGAUGCUUGAACGUGUGUGUUUGUUGCAAGAAUUUUAUGUCUUAUUUCUUGCAGCUUUGAUGUUUUUCUUUUUAGUUUGUUUUAUCAUUUUGUAUCUAUCAUUUGUUCGAGCUUUUUUGCACACUGCUAUAUAUCCGUACUUUUCUAUCGGUCACCCACCGGCUUCUAUACGUAUUGUGUGUUGGCUCUCCAUGCAUUCAAACUUCUCGAUGUAGUUGUGUCAUGAUUUUCUUCUAAAAAAGCGUUUACCCAACGUUUCUCUACUUGUAGAAUCAAUUGAGGAAAGAGGACUUUGCUCUACAUAUUCACAUAGGGCUUUCGGAAUUUUAUUUCUGCUGCAUAGCGUUAGUGCAACUGAGUAAUCUCGACAUCAUUUCCUUGAGUACUUCGCUAUUUCUUGUGCUGCUAGAGAAACAUAAAAAAUUUGUACAUGCC